CAGGGGGGGAAGGGAGAACCUCACGUCUUCAAGGAAAAGACCUUUAAGAAGAAGCGACAGUGCAGCGUGUGUCGACAGAACGUGGACAACGUUGGGUCCUUCUGCAGAGUAUGCAAGACAGCAACCCACAGAAAGUGUGAGACAAAGGUCACCUCGGCAUGCAUCCCAGCUCCCACCAAUGAUCUGCAGCGUCGAGGGACCGCUCCUUCUCGACACAUCCAGCACCUGGGCUCCACCAAGUCUCUGACCUACACCAAACAGAGGAACACCCUGCCAAGGAGCUUCAGUGUGGACCGUGUGAUGGAGAGAGUCAUGGAGCGCCACUACGACUUCGACCUGACCUACAUCACCGAGAGGAUCAUCUCUGUGUUCUUCCCCCCGAAGCUGGAGGAGCAGAGGUACCGCGUGAACCUGAAGGAGGUGGCGGCCAUGCUGAAGUCCAAACACCAGGACAAGUUUCUGCUCCUGAACCUCUCCGAGAGGCGUCACGAUAUCACACGACUAUACACGAAGGUUUACGAUUUUGGCUGGCCAGACCUCCAUGCCCCACCGCUGGAUAAGAUCUGUGCCAUAUGUAAGGCCAUGGAGACGUGGCUGACCUCUGACCCCCAGCACGUGGUGGUCCUGCACUGCAAGGUUAGAGUUCGCUGCCAUGUUGUUUUUUUUCCCUAGACAGAUGCCCCACUG